AGGUCUGUACUCGUGCGUCUUUCUUAAGGUUGGGCGGAAAUCGUAUGCGGCUAUCUAUUCCAGUUGUCUCUGACAAGAAGGAAAUGUUGUCCUUCUGGGAUGUAGCCAUUGAUUUCUCUCCAGAAGAGUGGGAAUGCCUGGAGCCUGCUCAGUGGGACCUGUACAGGGAUGUGAUGCUGGAGAAUUUCAGCCACCUUGUGUUCCUGGGUCUUGCUGUCUCUAAGCCAUUCCUGGUGACAUUUCUGGAGCAAAUACAAGGGCCUUGGGACAUGAAGAGACAAGGAACGGCCCCUGUGUACCCAGGAAUAAUACCCAAUGAUCCUAACAAUUGCAGCAAACUGACUAAUUGUAAAUCACUCCUUAUUACACAAAGAAGAAAUCAUAUAGGGGAGAAACCCUACAAGUGUGGAGAAUGUGGUAAGGCCCUUAGUUCUCAUAAAACACUUUCUAUACAUCAGAGACUUCACACUGGAGACAAACCUUACAAGUGUGAAGAGUGUCAUAAGGCCUUCAGUACUCGCUCAUCACUUUUUAUACACAUGAAAAAUCAUACUGAUGAAAAAAUCUACAAGUGUGAAGACUGUGGCAGAACAUUUUACUAUCUUUCAAUGCUGAAGCAACAUCAGAGAAUUCAUUCUGGAGAGAAACCCUACAAGUGUGAAGAAUGUGGGAAAAGCUUUAGCUUUCCCUCGUUCCUUAAGCAACAUCAAAGACUUCAUUGUAGAAAAAAUGCCUUCAAGCAUGAACAAUGUGUCAACAGAUUUCCCCCUCCUCUACCCCUUCAGGAACAUGAGCAAAUCCGUACUGAAGAGAAACCCUACAAGUGUGGAGAAUGUUAUAAAACCUUUCGUUAUCACUCAGCCCUUAGGAUACACAAGGCAGUUCAUACUGGAGAGAGACCUUACAAGUGUGAAGAGUGUGGCAAAUGUUUUUCCUCAUCUUCCUGCCUUAAAAAACAUCAAAUACUUCACUCUGAAGACAACCCCUACAAGUGUGAAGAAUGUUAUAAAGCCUUUCGUAAUCACUCAGCCCUUAGGAUUCACAAGACAGUUCAUACGGGAGAGAGACCUUACAAAUGUCAGGAGUGUGGCAAAUGCUAUUCCUCACCUUCCUGCCUUAAAAGACAUCAAAUACUUCACUCUAAAUACAACCCCUACAAGUGUGAAGAGUGUGGCAAAUGUCUUUCCUCAUCUUCCUGCCUUAAAACACAUCAAACCCUUCACUCUGAAGACAAACCCUACAAGUGUGAAGACUGCUCCAGAUGUUUCUGCUCAUCUUCAUCUCUUAGGCGACAUCAAAAAUUCCAUUCUGAAGGCAAUCCCUAUAAGUGUGAAAAAUGUGACAAAAGAUUUUCAUGUUCUGCAGGUCUUCAGGACCAUCAAACAAUUCAUACUGGGGAGAAACCAUAUAGGUGUGAAAAUUGUCACAAAGCCUUUUGUUAUCGCUCAUCCCUUAGGAAACAUAAGACAGUUCAUACCAGAGAGAAAUCCACACACAUGUGACAAGUGUCCUAGGGGCUUUUCCUCAUCCUCCUGCCUUGUACAACAUCAAGCUCUUCACUCUGAAGACAAUCCACACAAGUGUGUAGAAUGUAGGCAAAGCCUUUGUUAAUGUUUAUAGCCAGAUUCGACCCAUGACAGUUCAUGCUGGAGAGAAAUCCUAUAAAGAUCUCUUAGCAUUAUCAAUUGGUUCUGAAAUUAUUGUAUGGUCAUCUGGUAAAUUUAGAAUUUAUUAAUACAUAAAUCUGAUUGGUUUUUUUAUAAGCUUCUAGAGUCUUGUUCCUACCAGGCAAAUGGAUGUUGUUAUGGCUGACCAUAGAGUGGAUAGUCAUGUGGUGGUGGUGGUGGGGAUGGAGGCAGGGGCUAGCCAGAGAGUUGCCAGUGGCAGGAGAGUGGGAUGCCUAUUCUUCCAGUCCUUGACAGAGAGUUGGCAGGCAGAGAGCACCUGGAGCACAGAGAGUUGGCAGUUUCUUUUUUAAUAUUUUUCUCAACAGUCUUUAAAAGUUUAUACUUCUUCAGUCCUUAAAAGACAUCAACUAAUUCAUACUGAAUAAAACCUUGUAUGGUGUGCGGUAAAAACCAUUCCUAAUCCUUCAAACCGUAUCCAACUCAAAUCAAUCCCUAGGGUAGACUAUUAAGUGAAUUAGUUUGAAAUGUCAACACCACCAUCUUACUCCCAGCAGCACAAAUGUUGAGAAUGUCAUCAGAGAACAGUAGAGACUUCUCUUUACUAUAACCUCCCAACCAAUGUGUUCUAUAGUGUGCUUGAAUAUGGCAUGGGUUGUUGCAUUUCUUUCUUCUGUAGCUACAGACAUAAAACAAAACUGUUAUUAUUUCAUAAUGUGGGUCUUAGAUCUGGGCUAUUGUAUAGUUACUGUUGUUUUCCUCACUGGGGUCACCCAAGCUCCCCCAGUAAUGUUUCUCUUGAGCAUGUAAAAAGCUCGAUAAACUCAGAUGUCUCACUUUUUGUAAAAUGAUCUGCACUGGUUCUAACCUAGGUUGAAUGGGCGUUAGUGUUUCUCUCUCCAAGAAAUUCUAACAGAACACACUGAAGUCAUAUUUAGUUCCAGAAUAAAGGAUCUUUAUUCACUUUGAUUACA